GACGGAGCCCUGCUUCACCCUUCUUCUACUGCUUCUCCAUGGCCCAGCUCAGCACAGCCAUCUGCCUGGGAACCCCAACCAGACUGGCAUGUCCAGAAAUCCCAAGACUGGAGGCAUCAAAUGAUGUCUUCCACUUCCCCACAGGUUGUGGAGCUGCCCUUGCAGGGUGGUUCAGUUCCCAUCUGUUCAGUUCCCUGCAGCUCCUCAUCUCUCUGUGUCUGUCUAGACGAGGAGUUUAAAUUGUUAGCUAGUCCCUGGUAUGGGGAAGGGGGUAGAACAAUGCACCCAGCCCUAACCCUAAUUUCAGCAAGGUUCUGCUGAUUUAUCAUCCUAGGGAUUUAACGCAGCUCCCAUCUCUUUGCCAGGAGUUUCAGCAUGUAACACGAGCUGACAGUGUGGCCUGUUAGCUCUGAAGAGCAUCCCUGUGUUGCUUGGACAAGUGCUAGGUGCUAUAGAGGAACAGCACAGAGAAAGCCCCCCCUGCCCCCGCAACAGGAGCAGACAGGAGGGUGCUGGCACUGAAGAUGGCAGGAGUCUCACAGUCCCACAGGAGUCCCUGGCACUUCCAACCAUGUGAUGUGAUUGUGGCCACAUGGCUGCCUUUCUCUAACACAGUCUUCCAGUCCUCUUCUAGCCCAUCCACAUUGCAGCUGCUUCCAGUUCAAGGAAACUGGCUUCUGCUUUUCCUCUGCCAGCUCCCACUGGAGCUGGUUUAUCCAUCAGCACAAUUCCCAACUGAACUGAGUGUGGCUGGGAAACUCCAGUUGCCUGCACACCAAAGGCAAUGCUGAGAAUAUCUUACAGGCUCCAAACUUGCUGGAGUCCUAGGAAAGACAGUGAUGCCCGAUGAAGUGACUGGGACACAAGACCAGGUACAGCCUUCGGAGCUGACUUCUGAAGGCAAGGGAAAAUUGUCCUGUGUUUCCAGGAGGGUGACCCAGUUGGGUAAGGUGGGGAAAUGAGGAAAAGAGCUGGAUUCAGACUGUUUUGCAGGGCCAACAGACCCGCAUUGUAGCCACAAAUCUACCUCAGACUAAGCCUGUGCUGCCUCCUAGAGCCUUUGGCUUGGGUCAUGCAGCAGUUCAGAGUAGAUGAGGGUAAAAAUCCCUUUGUUGCUCCUCUGACCCUGCCUGGGCUGUCUCCAAGUUCAGGCAUGAUUUCCCUCUGUGUUCCUGCCCUCUUGGUCCCUAGGUCAAGACCCCUGCGAGUAGAGUCCUGCAGUUGACGUUCCUGGCCCCUGUUUCCUGCAGCAUCAUCCCAUUCCCUUCUGCCCACCCCAUCUCCUCCUGCCCCUUCCCACUGUUUCCCCCGUGCCUCACUUCCUUGUCUCCCUUCCUCCUGCCAGAUAUGAGCUUAGAGUGAUAGUGUGGAACACAGAGGAGGUCAUCCUGGAGGACGAUGACUACUUCACUGGCAAGAAAUCCAGUGACAUUUUUGUCAGCGGGGUGGCUGAAGGGCCAGCAGGAGGGCAAGCAAGACACAGAUGUCCAUUACCGCAUGCGAGGGCAACUUCAACUGGCGCUCCACCUUUCCCUUUGACUACCUGAUGGCAGAGGAUAAGAUCGUCAUCUCCAAGGAGUCCAUGUUCUCCUGGGACGAGAUUGAAUACAAGAUCCCUGCUCGCCUCACCCUGCAGGUCUGGGAUGCCGACCACUUCUCAGCUGAUGAUUUCCUUGGGGCAAUUGAGCUGGACCUGAACCACUUUCCCCAGGGAGCUAAGACUGCAAAGCAGUGCAGCAUGGAGAUGGUGACAAAUGAGGCAGAGCUGCCCAUGGUUUCCCUCUUCAAGCAGAAGCGAGUGAAAGGCUGGUGGCCCUUUGUGGCCAGGGAUGAAAACGAUGAGCUGGAGAUCACGGGAAAAGUUGAAGCUGAACUACACCUCCUGACAGCAGAAGAGGCAGAGAAAUCCCCUGCUGGGCUCGCUCGCAAUGAGCCUGACCCACUGGAGAAACCCAAGUAAGUAGGAGACCCCUCUCCCCCAGCAGAUGCCUAGAUUUGUGGGAGAUGCUGCGUUGGGUGGUUCCUG